GUUUGACACCCUGCCCCCCUCCCCCCAUGCAAGGAGGGCAAGGGGGUGUGACCCCCAUCCAUGGGGUUAUGAUCUCAUGACCCCCCCCCCCCAAGAUGACAUAUGUCAUGGGCUGGGCCCUGGCUGUGCCCCCCCCCCCAUGGGGCAGUCCCCCAAGCUGUGCCCUGGCCCCCAUGAGCGUGGCCAGCCCCCGCCCAGCUCGGGUUUCGCUGUCAUGCGGGCGCAGCUGUCCUGGCCCAUCCGCGGGCACCGCCUGGAGCUGGAGUGAGAGGCCCCUGCCCAGCCCGGCCACAGUGUGAGUGCCCCCUGCACCCCAGAGCCCCUGCACCCCUCCCCGUCACCCCCCUCGGCCUUACGAGAGCUGCGGGGGCCCCAGGGGUCUGCUGUCUGUCCCUGGGGGUGGGAGAGGCCCAUGGGGGGGGCCAGCUCUGGCGCUUUCCUUGUACAAGCGUCUGGGAGAGCUGGCGGGGAGACCCAAAGGUGGGCACAUUGCAGGGGGGGGGCAGUGACACUAUCCCCCAGAGGGGGGAGCCCCUGCAGCCCUGGCAGUGCCUCUCCUGCCCCCCAGCCCCAGCCAUGCCCCGCACUUCUGACCCGCAGCCCCCGAACAGUGGGACUGGGACUGGGGGGCCAGGUAGAUCUUGGGAGUGGGGGGCACAAGAGCAAGGGAGCCAGAGCCGUGACCCCUACCCUGCCUUGGCAGUAUGACGGAGAAGGAAGCACUGGAGCCACCGGCCUCACCGGGAGAGAUGGCCGAGGGCCAGAUCCAGCGGCUCCGGCACCUCUUCCAGCGCAAGGCCCCGGAGCCGCCGCCUGAGACGCCCGAGCCGCAGCCCGAGAACGGGGCCCUGGUGAGCCCCUCGGGGGGGCCCCUCUACUACAUCUACGAGGAGGAGGAAGAGGAGGAGGAGGAGCCCGAGCCGCCCCCGGAGCUACCGCCGCCCGUCAAUGACAAGCCCCACAAGUUCAAGGAGCAUUACUUCAAGAAGCCCAAGUUCUGCGACGUCUGUGCCCGCAUGAUUGUCCUGAACAACAAGUUUGGGCUGCGGUGCAAGAACUGCAAGACCAGCAUCCACCAGCACUGCCAGUCCUACACCAAGAUGCAGCGCUGCUUCGGCAAGAUCCCGCCCGGCUUCCGGCGGGCCUACAGCUCGCCCCUGUACAGCGACCAGCAGUACGCCUGCGUCAAGGAGCUGCUCUCCGCCACCAACCGGAGUGACCCCGUGUUCGAGACCCUGCGCACAGGCGUCAUCAUGGCCAACAAGGAGCGCAAGAAGGGCCAAGAGGAGAAGAAGAACCCCCUGGCGGCCAUGAUGGAGGAGGAGCAGGAGCCGCCCAAGCCAGAGGGGGACAAGGCAGAGGGAGGGAACCCUGAGGGCGACAAGAAGGCAGAAAAGAGCACCCCUGAUGACAAGAGCAAGAAGCCGCAGGCCGGGGUGCGCGGGGGCUUCGGGCAGUCCCACUACUUUGUGGCCCUCUAUCGCUUCAAGGCACUGGAGAAAGAUGACCUGGAUUUCCCCCCCGGGGAGAAGAUCACUGUCAUCGACGACUCCAACGAGGAGUGGUGGAGGGGCAAGAUUGGCGAGAAGGUUGGCUACUUCCCCACCAACUACAUCAUCCGGGUGCGGGUGGGUGAGCGUGUGCUCAAGGUGACCCGCUCCUUUGUGGGCAACCGCGAGAUUGGGCAGAUCACCCUCAAGAAGGACCAGAUCGUGGUGCAGAAGGGCGAGGAGCUGAACGGCUACAUCAAGGUGUACACGGGGCGCAAAGUCGGGCUCUUCCCCGCUGACUUCCUGCAGGAGAUCUGAGUCCCCCAUGCCGGACGGGGGCCAUGCGUGCUGGGCAUGGACUCCCCCCCUCCCAACCCCCCCCGGCACUGGGGGCAGAGGCAGCUAGAACCACCCCCCUCCCCAGCCCCAGGUGCCCCCAAGAUGUCCCUCCCAAGACUCCUGGCUUUGCUGGCAGGCCCCAGAUCCGCCCUUCCCCCCUCAGGGCCCCAUGCUAUGUGGGACUGGGGGGCUGAGUGGGUGUGUGGGGGGGGUCUGGGCUCUGGUGCUGGGGGACUGAUCCUGUAACACUUGAGCAAUAUAUAUCUGGUCCCAGCCUGGCCUCUCUGGUGGUGCAGGGGUGGGGGGCACAGGCCCAUAUGGGGGGGCCCAGACUCGCACAGAGGGUGAGGGGCUGUCCCCCCCCCUUGCAGGGCAUUAAGCCAAGGGCAGUGCCAGGUGUGUGGGGGGCAGUGUUAGCCCCCCCAUGCAGUUGCAGCCCCCCACUGAUCCCCUCCCUUCCAGCCCUCUGUUGGGGGUCUGCCCCUGCCAAGUCCUGGCACCCCAGGAGCAAAGCCUUGCUGACCUUGCCCCCCCCCAAGGCCUGGGGUGACCUGAGGCGGGUGUCGGAGCUGAGUGCAGUUUAAAGCUCUGGCCACUGGGUGGCAGCAGGAGACUGCAAGUGCCGCCCCCCCCCAGCUCCAGGGAGGAGCCUGUUGGGGGGUGGGGGGGGGUCUCUGGGUGGUGGGGAGUUUCCAGGGAGCCCAGUUCUGCUCUUCCCCUUGCUUUAGGGCCAACCUCUGCCCAAUGGGGCCCAGGGGUCAUGACCCCUCUGCUCCCCCCCCAGCUGGGACCUAGGGAAAUCCCCCCAGGGGCUGCAGGGAGCACAGGGGUGAAGUGGGGGGGCCCCAGGGGGCUGGUCCCAGGGUUUGUGCAGGCCUUACCAACACAGUCCAGUUGGGCUGAGACCCCCAAACUCAUCACAUGUGAGUCCUUGUCUUCAGCCAGUGCCACCCUCCCCACAGAGCCUGACUGCAGUCACCCCCUCUCCCCCCCCACAACUUUAAUCUCCCAGCAAUCAGGAGCUAAUUCAGUUAGUAGCUGGGCCUGGCACUGAUUGUGUGUGUGUGUGAGAGAGAGCAAGCAAGCAUUUGGGGGGGGGGGCUCUGGACAGGGCAGGACCCCAACAUCCCUAUGCCAGGGCACCUGGGGGAGGUAGGGUCCUGGCAGUGCCCCUGGGAGCCCGGACACUUGGGUUCUGUGCCGGGCCGCGGAAGGCAGAAGGGUUUCGGGUCAGGAGCCCCGGGGGUAGGCGUUGGAAGGAAGGAGCUGGCGCUAAUUGCUAUUCCCAACUUUGGGGGGCCAGCUGGAUGCACGUGUGCACGUGUGUGCACGCACGCACAUGUGCAGGGGGUCCCAGCCCCCCCAGCAGCCGGGCUGCUUUCCGGCUCCCAGCUCGGCCCGGCUGCGGGCUUUGAUUUCUCGAUGCUUUGAGCCUCCGGGCUGGGUAAUUGGAGGCGACGGGCACUUGAAAGCAGCGCCGCUCGGCACAUCUAUAAUGCAGGGUGCCGUCGCCCCUCGUUAGCACCGGCUCAUCCCAGCCCCGGGGCCAGGGGCCCCCUCCGGGCAGGCCCCACAGCGCAGGGCCCGACUCCCGGCUGCCUCAGGGACUGUGGCCUAGAUCUGAGCUGGGCUCUGCCCUGAAGCUGGGGCAUCUGCCCCCCUCAGCCCAGCCUGUGGGAUUGGGGCAGGAAGGCGUAUGCCAUUUGCUCCCAGGCAGCCCCCCCAGUAUCCCAGGGGGCCGUGUGCGGGGAGCGAGGCCUGGAGUCAGGCUCCCAUCCAUGCCUUGGCUUGGUCUAUUCCUGCUUAGCGCGACCCUGGAGCAUCUCCCCUGCAUCAAGGAGCUGCUCUGGAGCUCGGCAACCGGUUGCUAAGGGUGGUUGUUGGGGGAGAGGGGAGCCCCCCUGGCUGUAAUGAGGCCUGUAACGAGGCUUGUCAGGCUGAUUCGCACCUGAGUGGCUCCCACGGCUGCUACGGUCAGGCCAGAUGCAACCAGAUUCACCCCCCCCCCCAAAAAAAUCCCACCCCCCCAUGCUCCCCUCCCCCCACAACUGGGCCCUGAGGUGGGAGGGGGCAGGGGCAGCUGAUGUGGGGGGAGGCUUCUGGGAACCGCGGUGACAUGCCACGGCAACAAGAUGCCACAGCAAUGGACACUGCUGGGAGCCAUGGCAACCGCCGCACAGCAACCAGGAUGCUGGGGUGGUGGCAGGGACCACGGCCACCUAGUCCGCCGGGUGCCAUGGUGACGGAUAGAUGCGGCUAGGGGCCACGGUGGUGGAAGCCACUGGCACCCGGUGAGGGCAUGGGCAGGGUCAGGCACUGCAGCACGUGGCCACGGGACCUCCGGUGACCACCGGGGGUGUCUGUGGGCACCGUGCCCCCCAGUGCCUGGCUCUGACCCCCCAAAGUCUGCCCCCGGGCCCAGCUCAGAGGCUGCAGGAGGGAGAAGGGCAUCUCAUAGGUGGGGGGCAAACAGCCGCUGCCACUGGGGGUGGGGGGCAGAAGAGAGUGGCCAGAAGGCAGCAAAGGCAAAUAAAAAGCCGCUAUGCAAAUAUUUUCAUUUACAUAUGCAAACAUGCAAAUCAGGCCGCCGCCUCCUCGGCGCCAGGUGCCCGGCGGGGACGUGCCAGGCUGGCGGCUGC